UCGCUGCUUCCUGGGAGGGUCACAGUGUCCCUAUCCGCCGGUUGCUGAUCACUUCUCUGUCAUGGCUUCAAGGUUACUGUUCCGCAGCGCCGUUCGGGCCUUUACUAGGACCGGCACAGUACGUGCUGCUGCCCCGGUCCGCGGCAUGGCUGCAGGCGGUAUUCCAACUGAUGAAGAGCAAGCCACUGGCUUAGAGAAAGAGAUCAUGGUUGCACAGGAGCAUGGCGCUGAUCCGUACAGCGUACUGUCACCACGUCAGUAUGCAGGGACCAAGGAGGAUCCUCAUAUUGUUCCUUCUAUUAGCAACAAGAGAAUUGUGGGCUGUAUCUGUGAAGAAGACAACACUUCUGUAAUCUGGUUCUGGCUGCACCAGGGAGAAGCCCAGCGCUGCCCGUCUUGUGGAUCCCACUACAAGCUGGCUUCACACCAUCUGUCCCACUAAGUAGCAUGAACGUGCGGUCUUCUGUUUUAGUCGGGGCAACCAACCUGUCUCAGUUUACCAUUUUAUUGUGUACUGUAUCUUAAUUCCUUUUGGCCUGGGACCAUGAAUAAAAUGCAGCUGUCCAGCCUC